UCAAGACAGAUUGCUUCUUCCCUGUUCCGGUUAGGCUAGUGGUAAAGGUUAAAAAUGUCCUGCCGAAUAUAACUUUUGAAGGCAUAUUUCCUUUGCUACAUAAUAUCGUAAAUGUCGCGCGAUUGUGCUUUAACAUCCAGAUAUUAUCACGCGGUUUACCGGAUUCUGACCUGACAUCUAGCUACUGAUGCUGACUACUGCACUGUAGCUAGUUAGCUGUCGUGACUAAGUUUGCUAACCAUCUAGCUCCUAGCAACUGUAUACUAACUGCUAGCUGUGUACUAACGUCAUACGUAUUUGUCAAAAUAGCUAGCUAACCUAAAGCUAAAUAUCUUAGUUAAAUGAAGCUACAAGGAAAACAAAGGCAUAUAAAGAUAGUAGUGUUUCAAUGGAGUCGUCGCACUUUUGGGUAUCUUAGCUAACGCUAGCUAGCUAGUUUAGCCAAUCUUAAUAUUGUUCGCGGUAUCAUUCUUAACGUUACCUUUACCGACAAGUAGUUAGUUAGUUCGGGAAAUUAGCUAGCCAGGUAGCAAAUUGUUUUAUUUAUUUUUAGAUAGCAGGUAGUAAUGAGUUUAGGUAAAACUGAGCCCAACUGUUUCUUCACAUGAGCUUGUGAGCUCAAACUGACAUUUUAAUGGGAGCCAGGCCGCGCUGUUGUGAAUCUUGUGGGCGAUACUUAAAACGAAGGAGGUGGCCCGAAUGGAGUCCUUGGCAGGGAGCGUUUACAAAGCGGCUAGCGAAGGAAAAGUCCUGACACUUGCCGCGUUUUUGCUAAACCGUUCUGUGACUGAGACACGGUACCUGUUGGAUUAUGUAACGCAACUGGCCGGCCAGCGCUCAACUCCCCUCAUCAUCGCUGCAAAGAACGGUCAUGACAAAGUUGUGCGAUUGCUUCUGGACCACUACCGAGUGGAUACUGAACAAACGGGGACAGUUAGAUUUGACGGAUAUGUCAUUGAUGGAGCCACAGCACUUUGGUGUGCAGCUGGUGCGGGACACUUUGAGGUCGUCCGACUUCUUGUGUCGUACAAUGCCAACGUGAACCAUACCACCCUUACCAACUCUACUCCUCUCAGGGCUGCAUGUUUUGAUGGCAGGCUGGACAUUGUGCGCUAUCUGGUGGAGCACAAUGCUGACAUCAGCAUUGCUAAUAAGUAUGACAACACCUGUUUAAUGAUAGCUGCUUAUAAGGGCCACACAGAUGUGGUGCGCUUUUUGCUAGAACGAGGGGCUGAUCCGAAUGCAAAGGCUCACUGUGGUGCCACCGCACUGCACUUUGCUGCUGAGGCUGGCCAUCUGGACAUUGUGAAGGAGCUGGUAAGAUGCCAUGCAGCAAUGGUAGUGAAUGGCCAUGGUAUGACUCCCCUCAAGGUGGCAGCAGAAAGCUGUAAGGCAGACGUGGUUGAGUUGCUUCUCUCACAUGCUGACUGUGACCCCCACAGCCGCAUUGAGGCUUUAGAGCUGCUAGGUGCUUCCUUUGCUAAUGACCGGGAGAAUUAUGACAUUCUUAAGACUUACCAUUACCUGUAUCUGGCGAUGCUGGAGCGCUAUCGUGAUACUGAGAGGGUCAUUGCCAAAGAGCUACCGCCACCUGUGGAUGCAUAUGGGGGGCGUGCAGAGUGUAGGACACCCCAAGACUUGGAAGCUAUCAGGCAGGACCGGGACGCACUGCACAUGGAAGGACUGAUGGUACGUGAGCGCAUACUGGGUGCGGAUAACAUAGAUGUUUCGCAUCCCAUAAUAUACCGGGGUGCUGUCUAUGCUGACAACAUGGAGUUUGAACAGUGCAUUAAGCUAUGGUUACAUGCAUUGCGUCUGCGUCAGCGUUGCAACCGCAAUACACACAAGGACCUUUUGCGCUUUGCACAGGUUUUUUCACAGAUGGUGCACCUGAAGGAGCCAGUGCAAGCAUCAGAUGUGGAACAGGUACUGCACUGCAGUGUUUUGGAGAUCCAACGUAGCUUGGCACGCAUGGAAACAGCCAGUGAGGCUGAGCUGCCAUCCUGCACCGACAACUAUGAGUCCAACAUCUUCACAUUUCUCUACCUUGUGUGCAUCUCCACCAAGACUCAGUGCAAUGAGGAUGCCCGAGCACGGCUCAACAAGCAGAUCUAUGAUCUGAUCCGUCUUGACCCGCGCACCAGGGAGGGCUCAUCACUGCUCCACCUAGCGGCUAGCUCGAGCACACCUGUGGAUGACUUCCACACCAAUGACGUGUGCAGUUUCCCAAACGCACAAGUGACCAAACUCCUGUUGGACUGCGGUGCUCUGGUGAACUGUGUAGACAAUGAAGGCAAUAGCCCACUGCACCUUAUUGUACAGUACAACCGGCCCAUUAGUGACUUUCUCACCUUGCACGCCAUCAUAAUCAGUCUGGUGGAGGCUGGAGCUCAUACAGACAUGACCAAUAAGCAGAAGAAGACUCCAUUAGAGAAAAGCACGACAGGUGUGUCUGAAAUCCUUCUGAAGACACAGAUGAAAAUGAGUUUAAAGUGCCUGGCUGCUCGUGCUGUCCGACAGCAUCACAUUUUCUAUAGAGACCAGAUUCCUAAAAGCCUGGAAGAGUUUGUUGAGUUUCACUGAUCCUUUUUUUUUUUUUUUUUUUUUUUAAUUAAUGACAUCAGUUUCUACAAUUUUUGUGUUUUAACCAAUCCAAUGGUGCUGGGAAUUCUUGAUAAAGAUGAUGUAUUAUUCUUUUUUGUUAAUUUAAUUCUUUCCCCUGUUGAAAGUGUCAUAAGGACAUAAGGAUGACUUGAAUGGAUUUAACACGUCUCUGGUAUCGCUGAUUUACCGGUUUGACUGAUGUAAGGUGUCUCAUAUACUGCUGUAGAUGCUGUAAAGAAAUUGGAACCACCACAUCUCCAGCAUUGGUCAGGCUGUGGACUGCCAGUUUUCUUGAUUUUCAGUGUUCUUUUU